GACCCAUAUAAAAAGUUAAAAUUCGAUAAAUAUAAAUUAUCACCGCUUCUAGGGUUUCACUCAAUCAGAUCCCCAAUUAUUUUUACACACACAAAUUCAUCAGCAACAUGCCACCCAAGGCAGCGAAGAGAGGGGCGGGAGGGCGAGGCAAGCGCGGCGGACGAGGCGGUCGUGUCUCGAAAAGCGUGCCCAAAGAGGAGCCCAAGGAGGAGCCCAAGGAGAUUGAGGUUCCCAAAGAAGAAGUGAAGAUUCAAGAGGAGGAAAAAGUUGAGGAGGUCAGUAAAGAGGAGGUGAGAAUUGAGGAGAAUUAUGAAGAAGAUGAGGAUCCUGAGGAGAUUUUUGAGGAGGGAGCUGAGGAGAUUCAGCAGAAACCGCCUUCUUUUACAAACCAAGAGGAGGUAAAAGAGUCUGUUGAGGAAUAUGAGAGAGGUGAGCGGUUAGAUUUGGAGGACAAUGAGCCAGAAGACGAAGCUGAAGAAUAUGGUGGGGUGGACUAUGAUGAGAAGGAACCUGAACAUGAUGAUUUUCAAGAGGUUGAGGAAAUAGAAGAAGACUCUGAAGGGGCUAUUGUUGGCGAGGAAGAGGGUGAGGAAGUUGAAGAAAUAAAUGACGGUCACGAGGAACUUGGAGAGGAGGAUUUAGAGCAUGGCGGCGAGGGCCCUACUGAUUUGGCUGAUGCUGAGGAACAGGAGCAUCAUGACGUUUUCAAAGAGAGGCGAAAAAGGAAAGAGUUUGAGAUUUUUGUUGGUGGCUUGGACAAGGAUGCUUCUGAGGCUGAUUUGAGGAAAGUCUUCAGUGAAGUUGGAGAAGUAACUGAAGUCAGACUUAUGAUGAAUCCUCAGACCAACAAAAAUAAGGGAUUUGCAUUCCUGCGUUUUGCGACUGUAGAACAAGCUAAAAGAGCAUGUUCUGAUCUUAAAAACCCUGUGGUUAAUGGGAAAAAAUGUGGUGUUACUCAGAGCCAAGACAGCGACACCCUUUUCUUAGGUAACAUAUGCAAGGCAUGGACGAAGGAAGCUCUGAAAGAUAAGUUGAAGCAUUACGGAGUUGAUAACAUUGAGGAUUUGACUUUAGUUGAAGAUAGUAACAAUGAUGGUAUGAACCGUGGAUUUGCUUUUCUGGAGUUCUCUUCCCGUUCAGAUGCAAUGGAUUCUUUUAGGCGAUUGCAGAAAAGAGAUGUUGUGUUUGGGGUUGAUAGACCUGCCAAGGUCUCGUUUGCAGAUUCCUUCAUCGACCCUGGUGAUGAAAUAAUGGCUCAGGUCAAAAAGGUUUUUGUUGAUGGCUUGCCUGCCUCAUGGGAUGAGGAUCGUGUAAGGGAUCUUCUCAAGAAGUACGGAAAGAUUGAAAAGAUUGAGCUUGCUCGUAACAUGCCAUCAGCUAAGAGGAAGGACUUUGGAUUUAUUACCUUUGAUACCCAUGAUUCUGCUGUGACAUGUGCUAAAAACAUCAACAAUACAGAGUUAGGGGAAGGUGAAAGCAAGGCUAAAGUCCGAGCCAGAUUAUCGAGGCCAGUUCCAAGAGGCAAAGGCAAGCGUAAUUCUCGCGGUGAUUUUUAUCCUGCACAUGGGGCCUCACAUGGCUUUAAGGCUCCUUGGGGACGUUCAAUUCCGCCACGUAGUCUUCCUGUCCGUGAAGCAAGAGGUGUUAGAAGUAACCUGCCACCUAUCAAUCGUGGUCUAAGGAGGCCUCCUGCUUUUAGGGACAGGCGAGAAGUUAUCGCGAAGCCACCAAGGGGAAGGACAAUGUUAGCUCCCAUUCCCAGGUCUCCCAUUUCAAGGUCUCCCAUUUCAAGGUCUUAUGAUAGGAGACCUCCUCCGGUUCCUUCAUACCCAAAGAGCAGCUCGAGGAAAGAUUAUGGAAGGCGGGAGGAACUGCCUCCUAGGAGUAGGCCUGCUGUAGAUUAUGGCCCCCGGGUUGCUCCACCAGAAAGACGUCCAUCUUACCGGGAUGAAUACCCCCCUCGAGGAUCUGGAUACACCGAUGUGCCCCGAAGUGCAGCUCGUCCUGCAUCAAGGAGAGCUUAUGUUGAUGAUGGCUAUGGUCAAAGAUUUGAAAGGCCACCUCCAAGUUACCGUGAAGGACGGCCUCGUGAUUAUGACUCAAUUUCUGGGUCGAAACGUCCAUAUGGUGCCCUGGAUGAUGUUCAUCCCCAUUAUGCUGAGCCAGUGCUCCGCCAAUCACGUCCUCGUUUGGAGUAUGAACCCCGUGGCAGCGCUUCCCAGUAUGGGGAUAGUUAUAGUGAGAGUGCCAGAAUCGGAAGAUCUGAAAUCGGAUACAGUAGCAGAAGUUCAAUUCCCAGUCAGGAUUCUCGUGCUCUUUAUAGUCGUCGUCAAAUCAUGGAUUAUGGCGGAGGUUCUUAUAGUGGAAGUGAUGUUGGUGAUGGAAUGUAUUCUUCAAGCUAUAGUGAUUAUAUGUCUCGUGGGGGUGAUGUUCCUAGUAGAUCUUAUUCUUCGCUCUAUCCUGGUUCUGGUCGUGGCUUGGGAGGAAGCAGUUACAUGGGAAGCAGUGGUAGUGGAUCGUACUAUUGAGAUCUGAAAUGCGGACAAUGGAGAGCUCUAGGACGUGGAUGCGAGGCUCAUACCUAGUUAUUAAGUCCACAAACAGAGUUUCUCUUUGUUGCAGUUUGGUCUAGUGGAAUAGUUUCUUCCGAGCCUGAAUAUUUGGCAUAUUAGGAUUUUCUAUAUUCGAGUACAUAUUUGAUGUUUGUUAAGACUAUUUUAAUAAUUCAGAGUUUGCUCGUGACAACUGUGUUGAAUUCCUUUGUGUUUAUUUAUGCCUUUUUAUUUAA